GUUUUUUAAUGGUUAUUUCCGAGAGAGAGAUGGAGGAAGACGCUAGCUUUGACGGUGGCGGAGAGUUCGUUGGAGGCGAUUUAACCGGCAGUAUAAAAUGGUGUUGGUACAAUAUGUUGAGACGACACAAUCUGACUGCGAUUUUCUGUUUUUCUUCAACGAUUGCUAACAGGGAAAACCUAACCGUUGAGCUAAUCCACCGUGACUCUCCUCAUUCUCCACUUUACAACCCUCACCACACCGUCUCCGACGGUCUCAACGCUGCUUUCCUCCGCUCAAUCUCACGCUCUCGCCGUUUCAAUACCAAAACCGACCUCCAAUCCGGUUGCGAAUUGGGAUCGGCUAAAGCAGCUCCGAUUGCACAACAAUGGCUUCUCGUAUCAUCAUCAAUCAUUCCUAAAAGGUUCUUAAACUUGGACGCACCAUGCGGCUUUGUAAGGUCUCAAAUGUCAAAUCUCUGAGAUUGGAAAAUGAAGCAACCAUUGAUUUCUGGAAAUGCUUCUCUUAUCGUGUUAAAAGGUAAACUUUGUGCUGAUGUGUAAUUCUCUGUUAGCGAAAACAUAUUUAUAGAUGUCAUAGUCUCUUGGCGUUUAGGUUAGAGAAUUUAAGAAAUUCGUGUUGAGAAA